CGGUGGGCCAACCCCGGCACAGAGCAUGUAACGUUGACACCUCCCGCCCAGUCCAGUCGACUUGAGAAGGACCCGCAUGGACGAACUUGCCCAGCUUGAGUAUCUCUCUUUGGUAUCAAAGGUCGCCUCGGAGAUCCUCAACCAUACCGGGAUCAGCGACAAAACCCUUGCCGAGUUCGUUAUCAACCUCCACGAAGAGGCUGAAACACUGCGGUCAUUCAAGCAGAAGCUCAACGAUGUAGGCGCCGAGUUCCCCGAGUCGUUUGUCGAGAACUUGGAUCGCUUGAUCCUGCGGCUGCAUCCCCAAUACAACGGAAAGACUAGCGACCCAUCCAAAACAGCCGAACCCAAGGAUAACAUUGACAGCAAGGCUCGAGUUUUCCACGGACUUUCGAUUCCUGACAAGGCGCCUGAUUGGGAUGAUGAGCCUUUUAAGCCCGCAUUAAGCCAUGUUUCCGACGAUAUGCUGGCAGAGCUUGAAGGUCUUGCAGGAAAGUCCAGUAAGCGGGGAAGGUCACCUAUCGCCCUCAGCGCCCAUCAGCGAAGAUCAAGAGACAGUCGAAGUCCCGCACCUCAUCAGCGUACACAUUCGAGAGGGAGGUCUCGCUCACGCUCCAGAAGUCCGCUCCACAAAUCGCGUCGAUAUGACGAGGGAAACAGUAACCGAGGCAGACUUCAGCAUUCGGAAACGAAUAACCACAAUGGCACGAGAGCCGAUCACUUAGACCCAACACCACAGCUUUAUAAAAUAUACGAUGGUACGGUGACCAACGUCAAGGAUUUUGGAGCUUUCGUGACGUUGCACGGGGUACAGGGUCGCAUUGACGGGUUGGUCCAUAUUUCAGCCAUGCAACAAGGUGGACGCGUAAAUCACCCUUCGGAUCUUGUGUCUCGGAAUCAGCGUGUGAAAGUCAAAGUUCUCUCUAUAUCAGGCAAUCGCAUUGGUUUAUCCAUGAAGGAUGUCCACCAGGAAACUGGACAAGACCUUACACCACAUCUACCAAUACAGGCGGCAGCAGUCAUGGAACGACACAUUCACGAUAUUGGUAGCAGCUCAAAUUCAAUCCCGCUGGGCGGGGGUGCAGUCGCUGAUGCACCUGAGCUCCUUCAGCUAGGGCAUACGAGACAACCUAGGAAACGACUAACUUCGCCCGAACGUUGGGAAAUCAAGCAGCUUAUCGCGUCAGGGGCCAUUUCAGCCGCCGAUUAUCCCGAUAUCGAUGAUGACUACCAGUUGCACUUGGCCGGUGAAGGAGAAUUUGAAUCUGCCGAGGACGUCGACAUUGAGAUUAAAGAAGACGAACCGCCCUUUUUGGCCGGUCAAACGAAGCAAUCGCUCGAGCUCUCUCCGAUAAAGGUCGUUAAAGCGCCAGACGGGUCAAUGAAUCGCGCAGCACUCGCCGGUGCGCAAUUCGCCAAAGAUCGACGAGAAAUGAAGCAACAGCAAGCGCAGGAGGAAGCAGCCACUGACGAAGCAUCUACCGACUUGGACGCACAAUGGAACGAUCCUAUGGCUCAGGGAAACCGUACUUUUGCGCAAGAUCUGAGGACCGCAGCCGCUGGUCGACGGGCCAAUGAUAUUCCUGAAUGGAAGAAGGCUACUAUGAGCACGUCAACGACCUUUGGAAAAAUAACGAGUCUGAGCAUUCGAGAACAACGGGAGUCGUUGCCUGUUUACAAACUCCGCUCCCAAUUAGUACAAGCAGUGCGGGAUAAUCAGCUGCUUGUUGUUGUCGGAGAUACCGGAUCUGGCAAAACUACGCAAAUGACUCAAUACCUGGCGGAAGAAGGUUUUGCGAAUCGUGGCAAGAUAGGAUGUACCCAGCCGCGACGUGUAGCAGCUACGUCCGUUGCCAAACGUGUGGCUGAGGAAGUUGGAUGCAGGUUAGGUCAGGAAGUUGGCUACACCAUCCGUUUCGAAGAUUGUACGAGUCCCGAGACCAAGAUUAAGUACAUGACCGACGGCAUGUUGCAGCGAGAAUGUCUUUUGGAUCCCGACUUGAAACAGUAUUCCGUGAUCAUUCUGGACGAAGCGCAUGAGAGGACCAUCGCAACAGAUGUGUUAUUUGGGCUAUUGAAGAAAUCUGCCAAACGCCGUCCUGACCUCAAGAUUAUCAUUACGUCUGCUACCCUGGAUGCCGAAAAGUUCUCCACCUACUUCUAUAACUGUCCAAUCUUCACAAUUCCAGGGCGCACUUUCCCUGUAGAGAUUCUCUGGUCGUCACACCCAUCUCGCAAGCUCAAGCGAAGCAGCGCGCAGGUCGCGCAGGCCGUACUGGGCCCGGGAAGUGUUACCGACUUUAUACGGAAGCUGCCUUUCGAAACGAGAUGCUACCAACACCGGUCCCCGAGAUCCAGCGUCAAAACCUUAGCCACACCAUCCUCAUGCUCAAAGCCAUGGGGAUCAAUGACCUUCUUCAUUUUGAUUUCAUGGACCCCCCACCAACGCAGACCAUGCUAUCAGCCCUCGAACAACUCUAUGCGCUUUCUGCUCUGGAUGACGAGGGUCUUCUUACACGUCUUGGGCGAAAAAUGGCAGAUUUCCCAAUGGAGCCGCCACUGGCAAAGGUGCUCAUUUCCAGCGUGGAUCAUGGUUGCAGUGAGGAAAUGCUAUCGAUUGUGGGUAUGUUAUCGGUGCAGACCAUAUUUUAUCGACCAAAAGAUAAGCAACAACAGGCGGAUCAGAAGAAGAGCAAGUUCCACCAGCCGGAGGGAGACCAUUUGACACUGCUGACCGUCUUUACGGCGUGGAAGGCGUCAAACUUCAGCAGCCCAUGGUGCUUCGAGAACUUUAUCCAAGCGCGAAGCAUGAAACGGGCUCUCGAUGUUCGAAAGCAGCUACAGGGCAUCAUGGAUCGUUAUAAGCAUCCUAUCAUCUCAUGUGG